CCCGCCAGCUACGAAGCUUCGGUGACAGAAGGUGUCUGCUUAGCGCUGAAUCCCGUAUCGGUUCUACGUGCUGGUAAUAAACUACAUGUGGUGAAGUGGUGACCUUUCCUUGUAACCGUGAAGAGACACCGCAUGCGAAGUAAAAAUGUUUGAAAUGUGCUACGAGACAAUGUGCUGGUCUAUAUGAGAAUUCUGCCGCCAGCUAACGGUCCCCUCUUAGGCUGCCUGCCGACUCGACGGCGACCUCAUAUGAAAGAGCUACAGUAUACAUGUGUUAGUGUAUAAUAAAUUCUCGUUUGACCAGGUAAUACCUAAAGAAACAUUAAUCUUUGCGCAAAUUUUAGUAGAUGCAUUUCAGAAAAAUGGCUAGGUUGGUUGUUUCUUUCAGAUCAUAGGAAUACGAAAAGGAGAGUCCUGAAAUCGCCAGGUAGGGGACCGAGGAGGAGCAGACGCAGUAAAGGGGGCCAUGUGUGAUCUUAGGGGACCGAGGAGGAGCACACACAGCAAAAGGGACCAUGUGUGAUUUUAGCUAAAGCUAACUUUAGUUGGGCCUGCUAUUGACAGAUCUGUAUUGCAGGUCAUUAAUCCCUGGGGACGAUUCAUUGGUGGGUUAUGAAGCAAUAGACAUCCAAUACCUUUACAUUCUUCACUGAUUCCUGAAACUGACAAUGUUGGGCUGCACACAGGACACUUCAGUAUGAGGUCUCAAUUUUAGUAAUGAGAAUGAAAGUUAUUCUCUAAGUGGCUGAUUUGAUUCCAAGCAGGGCUAAAACCCUUACUUUACAUUGUACCAUUGCAAUAUACUAUCAUGUGACUGUCUGUCUCAGACAUUAGGAGAUGCCAGCAUGUUUGGCCAGCUUAUGGAUCCAGAGAAUAACGCUUAUGCUGAUUGUGAAGCCUGUGAUGUCAGGGAAGGAACGAUGAGGAGUAGUAAUGCCAAACCGGCAGGUCGCUGUGACAGAGGAGCACAGAAGCACAGUCCUGUCACACCAAGGUCCACACAGACAGGCAAUGAGAUGGGGGCCCCAUGGGUGGGUGAACCUGAUCAGACCCUUGUGCCGUCAUCAAAUAGCAAAAGCACACACACUGGGGCGGCUGCUGUGAGAGCGUGCAGAAGGAGGCCUGAGCUGCAGUUCCAGCAGGAUCAGAGGGCUAGGUGCUCAGCCAUUGGGCAGUCUCACUCUAUGGUGGUUGGCGACAACACAGAAAGAAGGGUCCGGAAGAGGACGGCCAUGUGGGGCAUAGAGGAAUGUGGGAGCAGGAGACGUUACAAUCUGAGGACAGGAAGAGGGGAGGGCACAGGAAUGAGGGGGGAGAAGGUUCAAAAGGAAUUUGAUGCUGAGAUGGGGACAAAACAACGUGGGAUGUCAUGCAGUGAGGUCCUCAGCAGCACUGGCAGUCCAGGGGGACAUAAAAGACAUCCAGUUGCAGAAGGUGGCAUGACUGCAUCAUUCAUAGCAGGAGAGCAGCCAAGUGCGACUGACGAGACCACUGUCCAGAGCCGAGGCACUGGGGGUGAAAGGGACACUGAUAUUAGAGGCCAGGUGGACGAUGGAGCUGGAGUUCUGGGCUGUGCUGAGCUCAAGGGCACCAGCCAUCAGUCACAUGAGAGGGGAGUGGGCAACAAGGGCAGCCCCUGUAAUGUGCGGAAGGACGAAUGUGGCCUAGGGAUGAGCACACCUGGAGAAGACCCAGAACAGGGCAGCGAGGAGGAGAUGGGCCAAGUCGUGCAGCACGCCAUACAGGCUGGAACUACGGCGCACUCCAGCCUAGCGAAGACUACCAUUGGGGACACUCCCCUCAAAGGUGCAGCCCCGCCAGUGACCAUUCCAUCCCACACGGAGCCUGAGGUAGCUGCCGAUGACAAUAUCACCUGGCCGGCACCUCCCAGACCAGAGCAAUCGCCGACAGAGCUCCUGCACUGUGAGCCUGAACCCUCUGUGGCUGAUAUGCACAACGGUGUCGGGGUCCUCAGGAUUCUGGAAACUGCAGAUGAGGUGGAUAGCUCUGACUUUGCCUUUGCCUCAGUUUUGCCCCCUACUGGUGAGGACCAGCCAUUGCCCUGGAACCACCAGCUGAUCCAGAACAUCAGCACUGAGCCAUCAAGACCACAGACCCACCCAGCCAGUGCUGUUCCUGACCCCUGUGACGUGGACGUCCCACCUUCCGUCUUCCUGUCUGACUCCCAGCUAAACAGCGCCGUACUAAGUGAGCCGGAACGUGACCAGGCGACCGGCCAGCAGCAGGAUGCCACGCACCUUCUCUGCGGGCUUGUGACAGAGCUCUCCACCCUCAAUCGGAUGGUCAUGGCCGCCCAUCGGGAGCUGGAAAAUCUGCGUCGAGGCAAGACCCCGAAGCCACCCCAGCACCGGCCCUACUGCCCCAGACGCUCCGAGCCCUAGACUGCCACCUCCAAGCCCUGGAAAUGCACAAUAGUAACAGUGCACUUACUGCAGACCCAGAGACGCGAGAGGAGGGGUCCAACCUACAUCAGCCCCUGCAAGCGGUCCUGGACCAGGUGCUCCUCAAUUCCUCCUGGUUCUUCUGAAUAGAUCGGUCCUUUU